UAGUAGGGCAAAUUUAACGGGAUUUUGGAUGGAGACUAACAGAAAUGACCAUUUCGUAUAAGUUUAUAUUUUUGUUACCGUAUCAUUACAAACUAAAUAUUUGUAACUGUUUUGUACUAAGUGGGGAGGUUUGUGACCGACUAGCGGUUUAUAACAAUUGGCAGGAUUUAUUCUCCGAGCAACCAUUUUGCUAACUUGGAUGACUAAGCUAGCUAUUUAUUAGUUUUUCCAUGGCCAUUUAGUAAUUUAUACUCGAAGUCAGGCUAACUACGAGAAGUGUCGGGUACUUGGGGUUAUUGUUCUUCCGGAAGCGGCGAGACCUCGAACGACAAUCUGCAAUGGCGCAUCUCACAGCCCGUCGCACCCUGGCUUCGAUUCUAUCGCGAGCACUCUCAUCUUCUUCUUCAUCCACUUCAAACACCUCCCUAUCUUCUCGUUCUCGCUUCGCUUCGGCCCUUCUCGACAAAUCCUCUCCCACCGGGCUGCCGCCGCAAUCGUUCAAUGUCCCCACCCGAUUCAAGACUUCCCGGUCGGGUUACUCGCCGCUCAACGACCCGUCGCCGAACUGGAGCAACCGCCCGCCGAAGGAGACGAUCAUGCUCGACGGCUGCGACUACGAGCACUGGUUAAUCGUCAUGGAGUUUCCCAACGACCCAAAACCUUCCGAGGAAGAGAUGAUUAACUCCUAUGUCAAAACCCUCGCCGCCGUCGUUGGAAGUGAGGAAGAGGCGAAGAAGAAGAUAUAUUCCGUUGCUACCAAGACCUACACUGGAUUUGGUGCUUUGAUCUCUGAAGAGCUCUCUUACAAAGCUAAAGAGUUGCCUGGAGUUCUGUGGGUUCUCCCAGAUUCAUUCCUUGACGUUCCUAACAAGGAUUAUGGAGGCGACCUUUUCGUGGAUGGGAAGGUGAUCCACAGGCCGCAGUAUUGGUUCACUGAAAGCCAGAACAGUAGGCAUAACAGGCCUCGACCACGGUACGAUCGUCGGAGGGAGACAAUGCAGGUUAGGAGAGAUCCUGUGCAAACGUUACCACCACCAUCUAUCGGAGCCGGCCAGAACCAAUCUCCGCCUCAAAAUGCUGGCUUCUCCAUGAAUCAGCAGCAGCAGCCAGGGCAGCAGUUUAACCAAACCAGGUCUUGAGGGGACUAUUUGCUUUACAAGCCACACACAGCCCACAGCUUUAUAGCUUUCAAUGAGGAUUUACUUUCCUCUGUAGUCUGCAACUGAGAGUUGGAAACUGGAAUGCAAAUUAUGAAGUUUCAAUCUUUUUAAUGGUCUUAAUAUGUUCAAAUAGUCCAGCAUGCUUAUGGGUACAUCCUAGUUGUUUUGAAUGUAACUCUCUGUAUCAUAAGUGUGGCAAUCUUUAGCUUUUGAGUUUGAAACUUUGUGAAGUCUCUUUCAAACCAUUUUCGAAACAGAGCCUCUUCAUAACUAGCGCCUUCGUAGUCUGAUUAAUUCUGCGUCGAUCACUAGUUUGAUUGUGAAAUUGCAUUGGAGACUCGAUCUGGAUCUUGGUGAUGGAACCAUAGAAAGAGUUCUAAUAAAACUUUGAGAAAGUU